AUGUCUCUUCCAAUUGACCAUAACCUACACUCCGCUGAGACCCAGACGGCGGUAGCAGGCACAUCCGUAUCUGACGCGACAUAUCCGUCCCCUCUCUCUCCAGGACCCUCAGUCGCUGGCAUCACGCGCCGCACGACUUUCGACGUGGCUGAGUCUGACCAGCAGCAGCAGCACCCGACAGAGACGUCAGAGAACCCUACACGUGCUCGUCACCGGCCGAAUUCCUUGGGGAAUCCACAAUCGCGAUAUCCGUCCCAAUACCGCUCCUCCAAGCGAUCAUCUACGCUGCCUGCUGCACGCGUCACCUCCCCUAUCUCGAUUCGCUCCAUCCGCGGGACCACGCAGGAGAUCGGUCGCAGGUUAUCACAACACCUCAUGCCUGAGAAGCCGACAAACACGCCGCCGCCGUUCUGGCGUGGCGUCAAAGCCAUCAUCCUCAUGUCAUGGAUCAACGUCUUGCUUGUCUGCAUUCCUAUUUCCUGGGCAAUGAAUUUCGCGCUCCCGCACACUAACUCGAAUGAUACUCUGAUAUUCAUUUUCUCAUUCCUGGCUAUCAUUCCACUUGCGAAGCUCCUUGCUUUCGCGACGGACGAGCUCUCUAUGCGGGUCGGGCAGACGCUUGCAGGCCUUCUCAAUGCUACCCUGGGAAACGCUGUUGAGUUGAUUGUAGCGUGUCAGCUGCAAGUGGUCCAAUCAUCCCUGGUUGGCUCCAUUCUGAGCAAUCUUCUUCUGGUACUCGGGAUGUGCUUCUUCGCGGGUGGUGUGAAGUUCUCCGAGCAGGGUUUCGGCAUGAGCGCGACACAGCUCAAUGCGUCGCUGCUCACCGUAUCGGUAAUUGCGGUCCUGCUACCGGCGGCCUUCCACGAGGUCGCUGGUGCGGAGAUCCCUGAUCCUAUUGAGGGCCGAGAGAUCCUGAGUUUCAGUCGCGGGGUUUCUGACACGUGCUGUCUCACAGUUUACGGAUCAUAUCUAGUCUUCCAACUGUUCUCCCACAAGGAUCUUUACGAGGACGAGAGUCCAGACGUGUUCAAGUCGACGAAGUACCCGCACUCACCCACCCCGAAGACAAAGCAAGCUCGUCAGGGUUGGCUCGCCGCGCACUGGCGCCGCCACGGCGCCGACGACAGCAACAACAGUGCGGAGCCCCUCACGCCUCUGGGAGAGACCCGGCGAAAGUUGGAGAACGGACAAGUACACAACAGUACCUUGGUCGACGAUGAGGGCAACGAACUCGGACGUUCUUCAAGCCCAAGCAAUGAUGUCGCUGCGUCAUCAAGCUCGACACAUACCGACGUUGACGCCGAAGCUCAGCACGAAGAGGAGCAGCCGGAGCAGCCGCAGUUGUCCGUCCCCUUGACAGUCGCGCUUCUUGUGACGGUCACAGUUAGAGCUGACUUUGUGCAGCUUGUUGCCGUUACAGCAGAGUGGCUGGUAGACUCCAUUGACGGGUUAACGAACUCAGGGACCAUCAGUAAGGAGUUUGUCGGCCUCAUUUUGCUCCCUAUUGUUGGCAAUGCUGCAGAGCACGUUACUGCUGUCACGGUUUCUGUCAAGGACAAGCUUAACCUGAGCAUCGGAGUUGCAGUAGGAUCGAGUAUUCAAAUCGCGUUGUUUGUCAUUCCAUUCAUCACCGUGCUCGCAUGGAUUCUUGGGAAGCCAUUGACGCUCUUGUUCGAUCCGUUUGAGAGUAUCGUAUUGUUCCUAGCAGUACUGGUCGUCAACUACACAGUGCAAGACGGGAAGAGUAACUGGCUAGAAGGCAUGAUCUUGAUGUGCCUCUACGUUAUCAUCGCGGUAACAUUCUGGUAUUAUCCUGGCAUCAGCAUCUCACAGCAGAUUGCUGGACAAGAGUUGAUCUGCUCGUCAUAA